GAUUCACAUUUUGCUCCCUCCGAUGUUCUGCCAAAUUUUCUCAAGCUUUUUUCCCAUCCCUUCAUAACCUUGCUGGCCUCCCUCUCUUCCUCUUCUUUUCCUACAUCUACUUCUCUUCUUGCCAUUGCUUGCGAGAAUUUCUCUCUUCUCUUCUUCAACUUCACAAUUACGAUCCUUCGUAACACCACACAUCACAAUGGCUGCUACUGGUUCCUACUCCCUCCCCGUCUCCCACAAGGAGAUGUUGGAGAAGUCUCUUAUUGACUCCGACCCUGAGGUCGCCGAGAUCAUGAAGGAUGAGAUCAAGCGCCAGCGCGAGUCCAUCAUUCUCAUUGCCUCCGAGAACGUCACCUCCCGUGCCGUCUUCGAUGCUCUUGGAUCUCCCAUGUCCAACAAGUACUCCGAGGGCCAGCCCGGUGCCAGAUACUACGGUGGCAACGAGCACAUCGACCAGAUCGAGAUCCUCUGCCAGAACCGUGCCCUUAAGGCUUUCAACCUCGACUCCUCCAAGUGGGGUGUCAACGUUCAGUGCCUGUCUGGCUCUCCCGCCAACCUCCAGGUCUACCAGGCCAUCAUGCCCGUUCACGGCCGCCUCAUGGGUCUUGACCUCCCCCACGGUGGUCACUUGUCCCACGGCUACCAGACCCCUGCCAAGAAGAUCUCUGCUGUCUCUACCUACUUCGAGACCAUGCCCUACCGCGUCAACCUCGACACCGGCAUCAUUGACUACGACCAGCUCGAGAAGAACGCCCAGCUCUUCCGCCCCAAGGUCCUCGUCGCCGGUACCUCUGCCUACUGCCGUCUGAUCGACUACGGACGCAUGCGCAAGAUCGCCGACUCCGUCGGUGCCUACCUCGUUGUCGACAUGGCCCACAUCUCCGGUCUCAUUGCCGCCGGCGUCAUCCCCUCCCCCUUCGAGUACGCCGACAUCGUCACCACCACCACCCACAAGUCCCUCCGUGGCCCCCGCGGUGCCAUGAUCUUCUUCCGCAAGGGCGUCCGCUCCGUCAACGCCAAGGGCCAGGAGACCCUCUACGACCUCGAGAACCCCAUCAACUUCUCCGUUUUCCCCGGUCACCAGGGUGGCCCCCACAACCACACCAUCACUGCCCUCGCCGUUGCCCUGAAGCAGGCUGCCAGCCCCGACUUCAAGGCCUACCAGCAGAAGGUCAUUGACAACGCCAAGGCCCUUGAGAACAAGUUCAAGGCCCUCGGCCACAAGCUCGUCGCCGACGGCACCGACUCCCACAUGGUCCUCCUCGACCUCCGCCAGUUCAGCCUGGACGGUGCCCGUGUUGAGGCCGUUCUCGAGCAGAUCAACAUCACCUGCAACAAGAACUCCAUCCCCGGCGACAAGAGCGCUCUUACCCCCUGCGGUCUCCGCAUCGGCACCCCCGCCAUGACCUCCCGUGGAUUCGGAGAGGCCGACUUCGAGCGCGUCGCCAACUACAUUGAUGAGUCCAUCAAGAUCUGCAAGGAGGUCCAGGCUUCCCUGCCCAAGGAGGCCAACAAGCUCAAGGACUUCAAGGCCACCGUUGCUGGCGGCCAGGUUGCCAAGAUCAACGACCUCCGCAAGGAGGUCGCCGAGUGGAGCGGCAGCUUCCCCCUCCCUGUUGAGGGCUGGCGCGUUGACGCUGGCAUCUAAAUCAUGCCAGCGGCUAGUGUGGCGAGAAUUGGCCCACGUAUGCCAGGGAGCAUGACGUGGGAAAAGGAGUAGAUCAAGGGAGGAAUCGAUAUAUACCACUCUGGGCUUUGAUUAUGCCCAGUUCAACAAAAAUGGUUCAGAUAGGGAAUAAGCGUGGGGCGACCCAAAUCGUCAAAGGGGUCCGGGUUCCGCGCAUGACAUUUAACAUGGCUCAUGAACAAAGGGAAAAUGUGCUUCACAGAGCACUGCUGCAUUUUAUAUAGGCGUUGCAAAUAUUUCAAGCGGAAAACCAAAUACCGGGAAGGGUAAAACAAAAAUUCUGGAGGCGGGAGUUGGGGGUGGCGUUCUCAACUGCGGCCAUAUUUUAGGUAGCUGACUGCUUCAACGCGGUCAAUCGCUCAAUGCAAUCAAAACGUUGACAAGCA